AUGGGAAAAACACUGGGCCUGGUCAGGGCCGUCUACAUGGUUUCGAUCUGCUGCGAUUCGUUUCGGUACGGUGAGGCGCAGAAGUCGACGAUAAACUCCAACUCGAACAGUUUGCUGCAGGCUGGAGCCUUCUUCUCCUGCUUCUUCGUCUGGCCCUUCACGGCUCGGUAUGGCCGUCGGUGGUCCAUCGCUCUCGCCUCGCUGAUCUUCUGCGUCGGCGCCAUCAUCCAGGUGAUUCCGACGCACUCGAUCGCCGCGUUCUACGUCGCGCGCGUGAUUAGCGGCAUCGGCGUCGGCAUGGCGACCGUCAUGGUGCCGAUGUUCAGUGCGGAGAUGGCGCCGAAGGAGAUCCGCGGACAACUGGGGAGUAUGUUUCAGUUCUUUUUCACGCUGGGGGUCAUGACGUCGUACUGGAUCGACUAUGCCGUCGAGAAGCAUGUUCCGCCGAGCGACCGGCAGUGGCAGAUCCCUGUGGGCUUGCAGUUGGUUCCAGGUGGGAUUCUGGGCAUCGGGAUGCUGUUUUUGAAGGAGAGUGUGCGGUGGCUGGCGAAGAAGGGGAGGCAUGAGGAGGCCAUGCAGUCGCUUGUGUGGAUCCGGGGAGGCGAGGAGACGGAGGAGGUUCGCGCGGAGAUGGCGGAGAUUCUGGGCGGUAUUCGCGCAGAAGAGCAGGCGACCGAGGGCGUGUCGUGGAAGGAGCUGCGCCAGCCUGCGAAUCGAUAUCGCAUGCUCAUCACCGUCACUAUUCAGAUCGGUGUCCAAUUAACGGGAAACACGUCUCUCGCAUACUACGCGCCUCAAAUCUUCAAAGCCGUCGGCGCCGGGCAAGACAGUCUGCUGAUCAGCGGCUUCUUCGGCGUCGUCAAGGUCGUCGCAUGCUUCAUCUUCGUCGUGUUCCUGGUCGAACGAAUCGGUCGGAAAUGGUCGCUCAUCAUGGGCGCCUUCGUCAUGGGCGCACUGAUGCUCAUCGUCGCCAUCCUGUCCAAGACCUUUCCCCCCGACCCCAACGCCACCAGCAUCGCCAGCCCCGGCGUCGCCUCCAUCGCCAUGGUCUACCUCGAAGCUAUGACGUACAACAUGUCCUGGGGCCCCGUGCCGUGGCUGUACAUGAGCGAGAUCUUCCCCAGCCGGAUCCGCGAGAUGGGCAUCGCCGUGGGCACCGCGACGCAGUGGCUGUUCAACUUCGUCUUCUCGCAGGCGACGCCCCACGCGGUCGAUAAUAUGGGGUGGCGGACGUUCUUGAUGUUUUGUAUCUUCAAUUGGGCGCUGGUGGUGUAUGCGUGGUUGUUUAUUAAGGAGACGACGGGGAAGUCGCUGGAGGAGAUGGAAGAAGUGUUCCAGUCCAAGGCGGUGUUGUUCCGCAAAGACGCCGGUCCGCACGAGGAGACGAUCGAGUCUGUGCAGGGGAAGAGCUGA